CAGCUUCUGCGGGACAGACUGUAUGUCAAGCCCCUAGCAGCCGGCAAACGGACUCACUGACGGCAGUCAACCGUGGAGGCAAGAUUUGCUUCAUUGAGGCUCCGCUACAUAGAACUAUAUCGAAAUCCUACUGGAGAUACACGGCAUAGGGAGGGACCGGGUUUUGCAGAUCUCCUGCGCUCAUCAGCCGUGCCAGGAAACAUGACGAUGGUGGCUGUAAACAACAGCACGAACAGCUCGGACAUGUUCCAAGGAUGGGAAGACCUGGAUGGAGUGGACCUACUCAGGGUUGUUGGAGUAGGCGGAACUCUGUACCUCAUAGUCCUAUUGACGAUCCUAGGGAACCUGAUGGUUCUAACUGCAGUCAUGAAGUAUCCACAUCUGCGGUCCAAAGUCACCAACUAUUUCAUCUGCUCCUUAGCUGUAUCGGACCUGAUGGUAGGUUUCCUGGUCCUGCCCUGGGCAGCGGCUCAAGAGCUACUGGGAUACUGGCCAUUCGGACAGUUCUGCUCGACCUUCGUCUCACUGGACGUCAUGUGCUGCACAGCGUCUAUCUUGAAUCUAUGUGUCAUCAGCGUGGAUCGAUACUGGGCCAUUUCGGACCCUUUCAAGUACGAACGAGACAUGACCUGCUGUCGGGCGGCCAUCAUGAUUGGUCUAGCCUGGUGCUUGUCAGCAAUGAUCUCCCUCAUUCCCAUUGGUCUAGGCUUUCACCAUAUAGGAGAAACUAUAACCGUCACGCAACGUCAGUGUGAGUCGAACAUGAACGAAAUCUACGCCAUCACGUCCUCUUUCGUCAGCUUCUACAUUCCUGUCAUCAUCAUGGUCUUGGCCUACAGCAAGAUCAUGCAGAUCGCUCGGCGGAAAUACGAGGACAUUGCUGCACUUCACCGCUCAGUCAACCAGAACACGAAGUCCGUACAAGAGUCCAGAACAGCCCUGAGACGAGAAACGCGAAUAUUCAAGACUCUAGCCUGCAUCCUUGGCGUCUUCAUCGUCUGCUGGCUGCCCUUCUUCAUCCUCAACUGUCUUCUGCCGUUCUGCCCGCUGCGAACGGGAGGGAAAGCAAACUUUACAUGCAUAGACCACACUGUAUUCACAGUGUUCGAAUGGCUGGGUUGGGCCAACUCCAUGCUCAACCCCAUCAUCUACGCUUUCAACAAUGACUUUCGGAAGGCGUUUUGGAGGAUGUUGUGUCGGCGUGUGGCCUACAGAGGAAGCGACACAGCGGUAAACUUUCCCUGCUGUCCCGCGGACACCUACGAAAUGGCGGAGUACAGGACCUCCAACAGAGCCCCCAGGUCAGUAUGACAACGACAGCAGUUUGACGAACAGGACACCUUCGAAGAGAUCGAGAUGACGGAGGUCGGAAGCUACAACGUUGGAGAGUAGACCGGUCUACAUGGUACGGGUUCCUCAUGGGAAAGGGAGCAAGGACAUACAGGGUAAACUGUGCUUAAAGGAAAGCACGUAUGAAUCAAAAGCAUUGACAUUCCACGUAAUUAACAGUUGACAUAUUGUUGCUGCAGCAGUUAAACUUAAAACGGUGACGACACCAUCAUCUCCAACACCAUAGAGAGAUGCUCAAACCAACACGUAACCAUGAACUCAGAAUCACAAUGGUCUCUAUUGAUUUGUGAGUGUACAUGUAUAUCUUAAUCAAGAGCAACAAAUAGAAGCUAUACAUUGUAAGGAAAAAAUAUAUUGUAUUUCAGCCGUACUCUCUACUCAUGUAAACGGCUAAUUUGACGUUUUAAAAGUAUUGUGUAAGUUGUGUGGAAUGGAUCAGACGUUGGUGGUUAUUUGUAAACGUCCAUAAUGCUGCAUGUAACACGAAGUCAAUUAUGACACACGACAAAAAGCUAUGGCAACAUCGCUACCUGUACGAUUGCCCAAGGUAACACUAAUUCCGCCUUAAAAUGUGAAAGAGUCACAUAUAUAACUGUUCUGUACAGCAGUCACCGCUUUACAUAACCCGUCCUAAUUGUGGACUCAAGAGGCUUCACACACGCACCAACUCCCACGCAGAGCUUCAACUUAGGCGCACAGAGUAACCAUUCGUUUUAAAAAUUAUAUUUCACCCCUACCACAGGUAUUGUAUGAAAUACAUUAUUUUUCCUGGCGAAUCUUCUCCUCCUCCUCAGGCUACUUUCAAAUCGUUUCAUCUCUGCAUUUUUGACCAAAUUUGGCACAGGGGUAGAGUAUAGAAAUUUAAAAUUAUAUCAUGACCAACUUUAAACUAGAAAUUUAUACCACCCGUGCGCUGGUAGCAUAACCUUUGGACCUGGCAUUUGGUAUAUGAGUGCCUUGGACAUCUGCCUAUAAGAUUUUGAUACUAGUUUAAUUUUUUGGCAUAAAGGAAAUCAAAAUGCUUAAUUUGCAAUUUUCGGUCAUUGUAUGACCAAAUAUGUACAUCCACGCCUCUUUCGCUAUGAUAUUACACCGUAGUGAUUUUUAACAUGCCCAUAGAACUAUUAACAACUGUGAUAUACAUUUUAGACCAAAAAGCACAUUGAUGGCCACUGUGCUCUGGUAUUAUAAUCAGAUGAUCUGCAACUUGGUACAGGAAUACCUAGGACCUUUAUUCGCAGGAACUAUGCACUUUUUGGCAUACGCUUCUUUAGAAUGAUGUAUUUGAAGAUUCUAGGCCAUUUUAGAUCCAUAAAGUACAAGUUGGUCUUCUGUACCCUGGUAUUUCAGCCAGGUGGCCUAAGAAGGUACGGGCAUGCCUAAGACAUCUGCUUACAGGACGUUAUUAUUCAUAUUUUGGCAUGCGCUAUCCAAGAAUGGUUUAUUUGGAUAAUUUAGACAAAAAUAUGUAAUCUGACAUUGUUCAUUCAUGCAGGGGAACAUCUGAAUUCACUUGAAGACAAGAUUUACUAUGCAAAAUUCAAUUUUGUGAGCAGAAGUGUUUCUGAUUCAUUUCAAAUGUGGGAACUACUAAAAGAGAACAUUCUCGGACGGGGUUGUUUUUCUUUAACUUCAAUUUUGCACUUUCUUAGAGGAAUUGUUUUCAAACCGGUCCAUUUCAACUAGGAAUGCCACCAGAAAAGUCCAUUUCCAAUAGAGGGUGACUUUUCAAAAUUCAUUUUUGGAGCAGUUUAUUUUUGCAUGAGGAGGGAAAAGGGUAAAAUAUGCUGUAUUGCUCGCAAAUGUUGCCUGUCUAUUGUUUACAAAUAUUGUUUUAGUGGCCAAUAAUGGGAGCGUAGUAUCUUAUCAGUUGCCGUUUAGAGCAAUGACUUACAACGAUGUUAUCUGUACCCAUGACUGUUGCUGUUGAGAACACCUAUUGAUGGAUGGCUGUCAUUUUGUAUGAAGUGUAUUGCAGGUUAACGUCAGUUUGUGUAAGUGCCUGAGUUAUAGAUCUGUUGGAUUCUAGUCAGAAAUGUAACUUUGAGUAUCAGAGAUAUUUGAGUAUAGUUUGUGAAUAUUUUUUGUUAUUGUAAUCACCAUGACAUUUAAGGUUACAUGGUAAUUGUUAAGUAUCAACUCGUAACUGUAGGGUAUCUAUGUGCUGCAACUGUGGAGAUAUUCGUACAGUUUAGACUUCAAUUUGAUCAUGUAGGCAAAAUGUACGUUUCUGUAUACGUAUCAACUAUCACAAGGGGCACAGAACAGCUGCUUGCCUUCAGGGGCUACAGAUCGUCUUUGAUGUACAGAUGAGUUCGAUAUUGUCGCUACAGGUAAUCCGUGUCAAAUGUGCGUGUUAUGGAGUAAAGUUGACAAGAACGUAAAAAGUCGGUUUAAUCUUUCUUGUCAGAUUGGAAAAUUUGGAGGCUGGCGAUCUGCAUUUACCGCAAUUGUCAGCUUCCU